GUACAUAUCAAAGAAAAAAAGGACAAAUAAAAAAAGACAUACGACAUUAACGUUCAAUUCAUAAUUCGUAUUGGAUACAGCUAUUGGAUACGUAUAGAAUACAGGACAAAUUAAUGUUAGACAAUUUUACUAUGGAAAAGAAAUUCCAUCAAAGUCACUAAAUUAUCCAUUUUUCUAAUAUCAUGUGUUUUGUCAUCAUGUGAAUUUACAUUGUUAAAUUAUAGAAGAAAGUAUUCCUAAUAUUGCUGCUAAUCUUUUGAACGUAACCUAUCUUUAAAUCUUACAUUAUUUAGUGACCAACUGAAAUCAACGUGGAAAAUGUUAAAAAGAAUAACGCUAAAUCUAAAAUCAAAUAUUGGAAGCAUACAAUCUCGGUUUGUUAGUAAUGUAUUAGCCAAAUAUAAAGAAAAUGUUGAGGACAAAAUGCAAGCUUGGCAAAUUCACUCAUACGGUGGUUUAGAAGAAUUAAAACUUUCAAAUGUUAGGAUUCCAGUGAUUGCUAAACCAACAGAUAUUCUUGUCAAAGUUGAAGCCUCUAGUGUAAACUCCAUAGAUAUAGCUAUGACAAGAGGAUAUGGCGCAGUAAUGUUAAAUUUAAUGAGAAAAGCUAGAAAUCUUACCAGUGGACAAUACAGUGAAUUAGAAUUGCCAUUAACUUUAGGUAGAGAUUUUUCUGGCAUAGUAGUGUCAAAAGGACAUGGUGUUGGAGAUAGAUUAAUGUUAGGUGAUGAAGUAUGGGGUGUAGUUCCUGUGGAACAACAAGGUUGUCAUGCUGGUUAUGUAGUUGUUGAUAAUACAUCGGUCAGUCUACGACCUAGAAAUUUAUCAUACAUCGAGGCAGCCAGUAUAUUGUACGCUGGCCUUACAGCAUGGUCUGCAUUAUGGAUUACUGGUGCGUUGUGUUAUAAAACUAGAAUGGCUACAAGAAGAAAUAAUAGAGUCCUAGUAAUAGGUGGUUCAGGAGGAGUAGGAACUAUAGCAGUACAACUUUUAAAGGCUUGGAACAUGCAUGUUAUUACUACAUGCAGCAGUGAUGCUGUAAAUAUGGUACAAAAGCUUGGACCUGAUGUUGUAAUUGAUUAUAAAUUAGACGAUGCUGAUUCAAGAAUUAUUGCAGAGGGACCCUAUAAUAUAAUUUUGGAUUGCGCUAAUCAAGGGCCAGAUCAAAUACGAUUAAGGGGUUACCCCCAUAGUACUUAUAUAACUUUGAAUUCUCCGGUACUAAAAAAUACCGAUCAACAUGGAUUAAUUGUGGGUACAGUAAAGAAUAUAGGAGAGCUGGUAAAAUAUAAUAUUCCAAUUGAAAAUAAAAGUACAGUGAAAUGGGGAUUUUUUAUUCCUUCUGCAACAGGAAUAAAGACACUUAAAGAAUUUGUUGAAAGUGGAAAGGUGGUUCCUGUGGUUAAGAAAGUCUACCAAUUUCAAGAUUUACCAUUAGCUUAUGAUAGAGUAACUCAAGGUCAUUUACGAGGUAAAUUGGUUAUUGAUAUGAGAUAGUAUCAUCAAUACAAUAGUAAUUAUUAAAUAAGUAUACAUCUUAUUUUUAAAUAAAUAUUCAGCCUAUAUUA